CUGUGAAUCAUCUCACUCUUCAAAUACUAUAGAAAAUUUACACGAAAACUCAAUAAAUCCAUUUCUUCCGCAUUUAAGUGAUGAAAAUGGAUCAACUGUUGACGAAGCAAUGGCAGAACAAAUUGACAACCGCAGUGUGAGUUGCUGUGAAAUGGAAUGUCAUUUUGAAAACAAAGACGUGUUAGAAUCAGACACUAAUGAUAGCUCACAAUCUGAUGACUCCUUCAUAAGCGACAGUGAAAAUGCAGACGAUGUAUCUGGAGAUGAAAUGUCUACAGUCGAAGAUACAGAUAUUGACUUUAACAAUGGUUGUAACGCAGGAAAAUCUUUACAAGAUAAAAUAAGAAGUUGGGCUUUGCUGUUUCAUAUUUCUCUUGUUGCAUUAACUGCACUACUUCUAAUUUUUCAAUCGGUUGUAAAGUUUCCAUUACCAUCAGAUGCCAGAACACUUCUGGGAACAUUGAGAAAUGUUAAAAUUUCUCAAAUGAGCAAUGGAAAAUAUCAUCAUUUUGGCGUAGAAAGAGCUGUUCGCGCAAUUUUACAAGAAUUUCGGAGGAAGGGCAAAACACUGGAUCAAAUUAAACUAGUCUUCAAUAUCGAUGGCCUACCUAUAUCAAAUUCCGGAACUGACAGUUUGUGGCUAAUUCUUUGUUCGGAAAUUAAUGGAGACGAAGUUUACCCAGUAGGAGCAUUCUAUGGAAAGACAAAACCUGAUGACGCAAAUGAAUUUAUGCAUGAAUUCACACAAGAAUUGAUUCACUUAUGCGAAAACGGUUUUGACGAUGCAGAUAAUGUUUUAAUAUCUUGUGAGUGCAUUGUCUGUGAUGCUCCGGCAAAAUCUUUUGCUUUUUAUUUAAAAGGACACACGGGAUACAGUAGCUGCUCGAAAUGUGAAUAUUACUUAUAUCCCGAGAAAUAAAGGAAAAAAAAAGAAGAAAGGAACAGUAUGCUUUCCAGGUACUAAACUAUUGAAACUGAAGACUAACGAGGGAUUCAACCGCAAUGAUUACAAUGAUCUGGAAGCAGGGACAGAAACAAUUUUGAAAAAAAUUCCAAACUUUGGUUGUAUAACUAACGUUCCGUUGGAUUACAUGCACCUAGUAUUACUGGGUGUCAUGAAAAAGCUUAUACAACUGUGGGUGAAAGGACCAUUUAAAUUGAGAUUUAAUACAAAACAAAUAAAUAAAAUUACAAAAAAAUUGUUAACCCUCCGUCAAAGUACACCGUGCGAAUUUGGAAGAAAGCCACGCUCUUUGCGAGAAUAUUCUCAUUGGAAAGCUACAGAAUUCAGAACGUUUCUUCUGUACACCGGUCCAGUAGUUUUAAAAAAUAUUCGACAAGAUAUUUAUGAGAAUUUCUUACUUCUUCACACUGCGAUGUCAGUGUUAGUAAGCGAUAUACAUUUACAAAUGCCGUCAAACAUAGAUAUUUGUCAUAAUUACUUACUACGAUUUGUUGAAGGAUUUCAAACUAUUUACGGAAAGCAAUAUGUAUCUCAUAACGUACAUAAUUUGCUGCACUUGUGCUCCGAUGUUAAAAAAUUUGGUCGCUUGGAUAAAUUUAGUUCAUUCAGAUUUGAAAAUUAUCUUUCAUCUGUAAAGAAAUGGAUCAGAAAAGGAAAUCAGCCCCUUGAGCAAAUUGCUCGGAGGUACUCAGAGCGGGAAAAUAAUUUAAAGGAAUUGAAGAUAACAGAAACCGUAAACUUAACAAAUCCUCAUACAGAUGGACCGUUAGUAAGAGAUAAUUUUUCUAUAAAACAACAAUAUAAAAUUUUGUCCAACAAAUCAUUUACCCUAAAUUGCCUUGAACCGAAAGAUAGCUGCAUUUUAUUAAAAGAUGGAAACUUUGGACUCGUUAAAAAUAUUAUUGAUUGUAACAAUGAAAUAAGGCUGAUAGUAAAAAAAAUAAAUUCUGUUUCUUCUUUAUAUGACAAUCCAGACUCAAGAUAUAUUAACAUACAUAAAGGAAUUAUUUCGAAGGAAAACGAGUUCUCAAUAUCAAUGACAAAAGUUUUAUGUAAAGUAUGGAGAAUACCCUCUACUUCAGAAAUUAUGUUGCUACCCUUGCAACAUGCGGCGUAAUUUAAAGGAACUGUUAGUAAUUACAACAUGCAAAAUUUUCGAUUUCAAUGGACCAAAAAAGGUUAUACAUUAGAAUAAUAGAUUGAACAAAAGUACUUCUCAAGAUGACAAUAUGCAUUACUGUACACCUAACCAAGGGUAGCAUUUUACAUUUGUAUUCUUGGAGUUAAUAACACCAUGUUUAUUUCGAGAGAAUCUAUCUCAACCAUUGAAAAAAAAGUCAAGCUUUCGUUGCCUUAACAUUAAAUUUUUCAGAGUCGAAAAGAAGUGCUUCUGUUUUAGGAGGUAUUAGCAGAUCUCGGAAUGGUUUCCUACAAGACAUUUUCAAUUAUGACUGAGACAGUGAUUACACAUCAACGCAAUUACAAUUUAGUUUAUAUCAAAUUCAAUUUGGCUAAACAAACAUGCUUGAUUUCACAACGAUUUUAUUUAUUUUAUAACAAAGUCUCUGGAGAGUUAAAAAUUUAAAAGGUAUUUUUGUGACAAAACCCAAGAAGUGUACUUCACUUUGUAAUUAUUUUAUAUAUUUUUACA